AUGAUUUGGGUCAAGCCAAGUCAUGGAAGGUACAAGUGCAAUGUAGACGCUUCUUUUUCCCUUACUCAUAACAAAGUGGGUAUUGGUAUGUGUAUAAGGGAUGACCAUGGAAGGUUUGUGGCUGCCAGAACACAAUGGGUAGAACCUAUUCUUGAUGUGGAGCAUGGAGAAGCCAUUGGUUUGUUACAGGCUUUAAAAUGGGCGGUGGACCUACAAUUACAUGACAUAGACUUUGAGAUGGAUUGCAAACGGGUAGUAGAUAGUAUUUAUAGCAAAAGAACCUAUUUUUCUGAUCUUGGAGCUAUCUUAGGUGACUGUAGAACUAUUUUAGCUUCUACUCUUGUGAACUCUCAUGUUAAGUUCAUCCGGAGACAAGCAAAUGAAGUUGCUCAUAGGCUUGCCGGGGCGGCUACAUCGUUAGCUAGUUUCCAUAAUUUUAUCGAUAUUCCUACAUGUAUUUACGAUAUUAUUAUGAAUGAAAUGAGAUAA